AUGAAUGGUGGAUUUGGCAUGAAUAACGAUCUCACUCGAGUUCCAAAACCCCAACAAUGUUCUCUUUGUAAGAGAAUUUUCCCAACAACUCAAGACUUAAUUUCACACACCAGCAGUGUUCACUCUCAUCAUCUUCAUCACUUCACCUUCUCACCAUCUGCCCCCGCAGCACCCACCACCUUCUGCCACUACCCGAACCCUAACCGUAACCCUAGUCCUGCUUUCCCAGCCAGGAACCGUUUUGACUUCAAUUGUUACCGUAGUGGUCAAGUAGAUGAACAAAACAGGUUUUUUCAAGUAUCUCCGGCGAUGCCACCGGAAGGUUUACGUACGCUUCCGCUUAUUUGCCAGCUGGAGAAACCGAUACCGCAGGAUACUGCAAUGGAGGAAGACGGGGCUAACUCGAGUGCCAUCGACUUGACGUUAAGGCUGUGA